CCCCGCGGGGCCCAGUGCGCCUGCGCGGAGCUCCAUUCUCUCCAGCGGCAGCAGCAGCAGCAGCGGCAGCAGCCAUAGGCAUGCAGUGCAGCCGGCCUUGAGCGGGCUCCAGGCCCCCCCAUGCAGGACCCCUGGGCUGGUGGCCUCCCCCCCGCCUGCCCCUGCAGCAGAGCCAGAAUGAACUGCUGAAUUGGGAAUUAUCUGAGACCCAGUAAGACAGCGCUGCUGCCCUGCUCUCUGCUUUAUCUAUUUACAAGUUAUUUAAAUUGGACUUUUAAUAUCCUGCCAGCUGCUCUUCAGACACACAUGGUGCAUUGUUGGCAUUCUCAGAAUUGCAUCUUUGAAACCCAGGCCUUCAGUAACCUUCAUCGAACAAAGAGGCAACCUACAGGAUUCAUUUGUAGAGGGAUUUUUCCAACCUGCUGCCCUCUAGCUUCAUUCUCGCUGGUGGUGUAUUUGUAAGAGACCAUGGAGCCCACUAUGGAGUACUGCUUAGCACAGGUGCUGCAGAAGGACGUUGGCAAGAGACUUCAGGUUGGCCAAGAGUUGAUAGAUUAUUUCUCGGAUAAACAGAAGUCUGCCGAUCUUGAACACGAUCAGACUAUGCUGGAUAAAAUGGUCGAUGGACUUGCCACCUCUUGGGUGAAUUCCAGCAAUUAUAAGGUGGUUCUGCUCGGGAUGGACAUCCUCUCGGCGCUGGUGUCGCGACUGCAGGAUCGCUUUCGAGCCCAGAUCGGCACAGUGCUGCCCAGUUUGCUUGACAGGCUAGGAGACUCGAAAGACUCGGUGCGGGAGCAGGAUCAAGCUUUGCUGCUAAAAAUCAUGGAACAAGCUGCUAACCCUCAGUACGUGUGGGACAGAUUGCUAGGAGGAUUCAAACACAAGAAUUUCCGGACGAGAGAAGGGAUUUGCCUCUGCCUUAUUGCCACGCUCAACGCAUCCGGAGCUCAGAGUCUAACGCUGAGCAAGAUCGUGCCGCAUAUAUGUAACUUGCUUGGAGAUCCAAACAGCCAGGUUCGAGAUGCAGCAAUAAACAGCCUUGUGGAAAUUUACAGACACGUAGGCGAACGUGUCAGGGCAGAUCUCAGUAAAAAAGGAUUACCACAGUCUCGGUUGAACGUCAUCUUUACAAAAUUUGAUGAAGUCCAGAAAUCCGGAAACAUGAUCCAAGGGUCGGGCGAUAAAAAUUUUGAUGAUGAAGACUCUGUGGACGGGAACCGACCUUCCUCGGCCAGCUCCUCUACAUCUUCAAAGGCCCCUUCAAACUCCCGCAGGGUUGGGAUGGGGACUGCCCGCAGGCUUGGGUCUGCAGCUCUGGGCUCAAAGUCCGCAGCGGCCAAAGAGGGAGCUGGUGCGGUCGAUGAGGAGGAUUUUAUUAAAGCAUUUGAUGACGUCCCGAUGGUACAGAUUUAUUCCAGCCGAGACCUUGAAGAAUCCAUAAACAAAAUUAGAGAGAUAUUAUCUGAUGAUAAGCAUGACUGGGAACAGAGAGUGGCUGCCUUGAAAAAGAUCCGAUCCUUACUAUUAGCUGGAGCUGCUGAAUAUGACAACUUCUUCCAACACCUGCGCCUGCUGGAUGGAGCAUUUAAAUUGUCCGCUAAAGAUCUGCGCUCUCAGGUAGUGCGAGAGGCUUGUAUCACGUUGGGACAUUUGUCGUCGAUUUUGGGAAACAAGUUUGACCACGGGGCAGAAGCCAUUAUGCCAACCAUCUUUAAUCUAAUUCCCAACAGUGCCAAAGUAAUGGCCACUUCUGGUGUUGUAGCUGUUAGAUUAAUCAUCAGACAUACACACAUCCCUCGGCUAAUACCCAUCAUCACCAGCAACUGUACCUCUAAGUCCGUAGCAGUUAGAAGGCGUUGCUUUGAAUUUUUAGACUUGCUGUUACAAGAAUGGCAAACACACUCCCUAGAAAGACACAUAUCAGUGUUAGCUGAAACGAUAAAGAAGGGAAUCCACGACGCUGACUCCGAAGCAAGGAUAGAGGCAAGGAAGUGUUACUGGGGCUUCCACAAUCAUUUCAGCAGAGAAGCAGAACAUUUGUUUCAUACAUUGGAAUCCUCCUAUCAGAAAGCCCUGCAGUCUCACCUGAAGAACUCAGACAGCAUUGUGUCUUUGCCUCAGUCUGACCGCUCCUCUUCCAGUUCCCAAGAGAGUCUCAACCGUCCGUUAUCUGCCAAAAGAAGUCCUACUGGGAGCACUACAUCUAGAGCCUCUACAGUAAGCACAAAAUCUGUGUCGACACCGGGAUCUCUGCAGCGAUCUCGCAGUGACAUUGAUGUGAACGCGGCGGCCAGUGCCAAGUCCAAAGCAACGUCUUCUGGAGCCUCCACCCCCUUCAGCUCUGCUGCGGCCUUGCCACCUGGCUCAUAUGCAUCGCUAGGUCGGAUUCGUACGAGGAGGCAAAGCUCCGGAAGUGCCACGAGCGUCACCUCAACGCCUGCCGACACCCGAGGCCGCAGCCGAGCGAAAGUGGUUUCUCAGUCCCAGCCUGGCAGCCGCUCCAGUUCUCCUGGCAAGCUCUUGGGAAGCACCUACGGUGGAUUGACCAGUGGAGCAUCCAGAGUCCCACCAGUGCCAUCGUCCGCAGAAAAGCGCAGCAAGAUCCCUCGAAGCCAAGGAUGCAGCCGAGAGACGAGCCCCAACAGAAUAGGACUAGCACGGAGCAGCCGUAUCCCCCGACCCAGCAUGAGUCAGGGGUGCAGCCGCGAUACCAGCCGUGAGAGCAGUCGAGAUACAAGCCCUGCUCGGGGCUUCCCUCCGCUUGCUUCUCGACGUCAUUCCAGAUCCACUAGCGCGCUCUCCACUGCUGAGUCUGUUGGGCAGUCAGACCGGUUUGGCCUUGGACAGCCAGGCAGGCUGCCUGCCUCCGUGAAUGCCAUGCGAGUCCUGAGCACAAGCACGGAUCUGGAGGCCGCCGUGGCGGAUGCACUGAAAAAGCCGGUGAGAAGAAGAUACGAGCCGUACGGGAUGUAUUCCGAUGACGAUGCUAACAGCGACGCAUCCAGCGCUUGCUCCGAGCGCUCCUACGGUUCCCGAAACGGAGGCAUUCCCCACUACCUGCGGCAAACGGAGGAUGUGGCUGAGGUCCUGAACCACUGUGCUAGCUCCAACUGGUCGGAGAGAAAGGAGGGUCUCAUCGGUCUCCAGAACUUAUUGAAGAGCCAGAGGACACUGAGCCGAGUCGAGUUAAAAAGGCUGUGUGAGAUCUUUACUCGCAUGUUUGCGGAUCCUCAUAGCAAGAGAGUUUUCAGCAUGUUUCUAGAAACCCUGGUUGACUUCAUCAUCAUCCAUAAGGAUGACUUGCAAGACUGGCUCUUUGUUCUCCUGACGCAGCUGCUCAAGAAGAUGGGGGCAGAUUUGCUGGGAUCUGUGCAGGCAAAGGUGCAGAAAGCUCUGGAUGUGACAAGGGAUUCUUUUCCUUUUGAUCAGCAGUUUAACAUCCUGAUGCGAUUUAUUGUAGAUCAGACCCAAACGCCAAACCUCAAGGUAAAAGUUGCAAUCCUGAAGUAUAUCGAGUCCUUGGCCAGACAGAUGGACCCAACAGACUUUGUGAACUCCAGUGAGACCAGGCUUGCUGUAUCGCGAAUUAUAACUUGGACAACAGAACCAAAGAGCUCAGACGUGAGAAAGGCAGCACAAAUAGUCCUGAUCUCCCUCUUUGAACUGAACACUCCCGAGUUUACCAUGUUACUUGGUGCCUUGCCGAAAACAUUCCAGGACGGUGCUACCAAGCUCCUGCACAACCACCUCAAGAACUCCAGCAACACCAACGUGGGCUCUCCCAGCAAUACUAUUGGUCGGACCCCUUCUCGCCACUCCAGCAGCAGAACCAGCCCCUUGACCUCCCCUACCAACUGCUCCCACGGCGGACUGUCUCCAAGUCGGCUCUGGGGUUGGAGUGCAGACGGGCUGUCGAAGCACCCCCCUCCCCUUUCUCAGCCUAACUCCAUCCCCACUGCUCCUUCCCACAAGACUUUCAGACGCUCUUACUCUCCCAGCAUGCUGGAUUACGACACGGAGAACCUAAAUUCCGAUGAAAUCUACAGCUCGCUUCGCGGCGUCACGGAGGCUAUUGAAAAGUUUAGUUUCCGGAGCCAAGAGGAUCUGAAUGAACCAAUCAAACGUGAUGGAAAGAAAGACUGUGACAUUGUGUCUCGAGAUGGCGGAAUAGCUGCUCCCGCCAGCGAUGUACGUGGAGGCAGCGACGUUGUGGAAGGGGGAAGGAUGGCUCUCGAUAACAAAACCUCGCUACUUAAUACCCAGCCUCCCCGCGCCUUUUCGGGGCCCCGAGCUCGCGAGUACAAUUCCUACCCUUACUCAGACACGAUCAACACCUAUGACAAGACGGCUCUGAAGGAGGCCGUGUUCGACGAUGACAUGGAUCAGCUUCGGGAUGUACCCAUUGACCAUUCUGAUUUGGUGGCCGAUCUUCUGAAAGAACUGUCGAACCACAACGAGCGAGUGGAAGAACGGAAAGGAGCCCUGCUCGAAUUGCUAAAGAUCACCCGAGAAGAUAACCUGGGAGUGUGGGAGGAACAUUUCAAAACCAUUUUGCUGUUGCUGCUAGAAACUCUGGGCGACAAAGAUCAUUCGAUAAGAGCCCUGGCCUUAAGAGUACUGCGGGAGAUAUUAAGGAAUCAGCCAGCAAGGUUUAAAAACUACGCCGAACUGACCAUCAUGAAAACACUGGAAGCACAUAAGGAUUCCCACAAAGAGGUCGUUCGAGCUGCAGAGGAAGCCGCCUCCACCCUGGCCAGUUCCAUCCACCCGGAGCAGUGCAUCAAAGUGCUGUGUCCCAUCAUUCAAACUGCCGACUACCCGAUUAAUUUAGCUGCCAUCAAAAUGCAGACGAAAGUCAUUGAGAGGAUCUCGAAGGAAUCCUUACAUCAGCUCCUUCCUGAUAUCAUUCCGGGAUUGUUACAGGGUUACGAUAACACGGAGAGCAGCGUUCGUAAAGCAAGCGUGUUCUGCCUAGUGGCGAUUUACUCGGUGAUCGGAGAAGAGCUGAAACCCCACCUCGCCCAGCUCACAGGAAGCAAGAUGAAGCUACUAAACUUGUACAUAAAGAGGGCCCAGACCACCAAUAGCAACAGCAGCUCAUCGUCAGAUGUUUCAACGCACAGUUAAUGGAGAUAUCUGGACAUAUGUGUAGACUUAGAAGCAAUCAGCGGUGCCUCACAGAGACCUUUCUGCUCCCCUCACUUCAUUGGCACACUCCAUCGGCUGACGGGGGCCGUGCAGAUAUUUAUUGCAAUCGGUAUUUUAGUCCUUUAAAGCUUUUAUGUAGAAUCUUAUUCGUAUUGAAUGUAAAGGAAGCAAGGCCUGUGUUGCAGUCUUCAUCUAAAGAAACGAAACAACCGAAAGCCAUACUUAAACAUAUUUGUACAGCCUGCUGAAACCUUUGAGAUAUGUUUAAGUGAAUAGUGUUUCCAAACAGAGCCCACAUAAUGUGUAGGUGCUGAAAAGUUGAACGAAUCCUUGUUUGUUCUGUUUUAGUUUGAUACCAAGUUUGGGGUUUUAAUGUGCUCCUUUCCUGCUGUGGGAACGACCCUUUCCUUCUGGACGUAACCGUUUGGGACGGCUGUGCCACCUCCCGCACGUUCUGUGAUGGGUUCCCGUUUUUAUACUCCCUUCCUUGACACGCAAGAGCUGGACCGUGCCGUCUUUGCAGAUACCACUGUGGUUCCAGCUGUCAGUGCUUUAAUAGCGAGAGAUCCCUCGUGAGUAGCAAUGGGGGGAAAAAAAGGAGGUUCUUUUUAAACAUCCAAGUUUUAUAUAGUAUGUGCCAGAUUUCCACAGGGGCUGAGAAGAACUGAUUUCUUCGGAGCUUUUCUCCACCCACCAUAUCAUCAAGCAGAGAGCAGCUUGGCUCUUGCUACCUUAAUUAAUGGUGUUUACAUGAUCCCUGCCUUCAAGCUUCUUCACCUCAAGGGGCAAGGAAGGGUUGUUUUAAGUCCUAACAAGAAGCCUGAGGUAGAGCUCUGGGACUGGAGCCUAAAGUCCACAUGCCACUCCUGCCGCAGUCCCAUUGACACGAUGGGCCUCGGACUGAGAUUUGGGAGCGUUCGCCCAAGGAAGUGGGGUGGGUUUGUUGUCAGGACUGGGCAGUGCCAUCUCAGUUGUGUCUGCCCAAGAGACUGGCUGAGAAAUCCUUAUUUUGGUUGCAGCCUGUUUUCUGGAAGAACCAAGUGGCACAUCCAGGGCUCAGAUAAGUCGUAGCCCCGAUGAUCCCCGUUGCCUCUCCCCCACAGGACGUCCAGGCAUCCCCUUCACCUCCAGAAGUGCAUUGGGAAGUCUUAACGGGGCAAAGUCAUCCUAUAAAUCUAGACCUCCAGGUGCAGGGCUUGGCCCCAGCGUUUAAAAGGACGAUGCCUCCAUCUCCUUCCAUACCCGUCAUCUUGUGCCCCCAAAGCCCCAGUCCAUGCUGGUUAAGGGCGUCACAGGGUUAGCAAGGGGGAAAGUCAGAGCCCGACCAGCAGCAGCGCUGUACGCUCUCGGGAUGGUCUUAAUGUAGGCACACCCUUACUGUCUGCAGGCGGAUGGGGACAUAGAGGGACUUCUCCCACCCUAGGCUCUUCACUUUCCCCACCCCGGUCCAGGAUAGGGUUCGUGUAGACACACGCUGUUCCCCAGAGAGGAAGUCUAAUGGCACGUUGGAUCAGUCCGACUUCUGCCUCCUUCCGUCAUCCCGAUGGAAGACCUCGGCCUGUGAGCGCUAAUGGCGUCAUGGUAGGCGUCAUGGCCAUCGGUAGGCGUCAUGGCCUCUCAUGACCUUGUGAAAUUGGGCCCCAAAGCGGCAGGAUUUUUCAGCCUCUUUUGCCCCCUGCCUGAUGGAGUGGGAGGGCUGAUCUGGCUCCAAGUUUAUCAAGAUGGGCUCAGUCAUUCACUGGCUGCAGAACCGGUCCCCUUUCUGGCUGCUUUUCCCUACAUACAGCCACGUCGCAAGAGGUGUGCGUUCACGGGCGUUUCCCCAAAGACUUGCUGCAACUCGUGAAGACAUCCCCCAUUAGGGAUGCUGUUCUAACCCAGAGCGGCCAGUAAAAUCCAGUCUCUUCCCCUCGCAGGGACCAGUCCCGUUCACUUGCUUUCAGGACACUCGCUGCAGUUGUUCUUUUGUUUUCUCUUUUUAAUGUUUUUUUGUGCUGAUUUGAAUCAUUUUAGUUGGAUGCGAAUUUAUUUUCCCUUUUGAGGAAAUAUUCAGCAAGCCUGCUGGCAGCCCGCGGCUGCGCUGUUUAAUUCUUUUAGCGUAUUUUGUUUUAAACGGAUUUCCUCGUGGUUCCUAUUUUAAGAGUCUCGUGUCCCAUCUCAGCUCGGCAUCUUCAAAGGCUGAAGAUGGUGGCGUUGACCGCAUUACGUGCGUAGUCCUUUCCGGCUGCAUGACAAAUCGCGUUCAGCGGCUGUUUUGCUUCUUUUUCUUUUUUUUCACUGAUGGCUUGUCUGAAUGGCACACGACAGCAGAUCUUUGAGAAUCGAAUCCCUUCUGAAACCGUUUUAUAUGUUUUAUAAAAUCCUGUUAGGAUGCACUGUGAGUGAAUGCACUGUAACCUCCCCGAUCUGACCUAGCGCGGAUGCUGACACUACAGCUCGUCUCUGAGAAAUACGUGCGAAACAUGCUGCUGUUGCUGCUGCUUCGGGACUUCAGUGCCGAGCAUCUAUUUCCAGCCGUGAUUGGCAUAGUUGGGGCUGCAAAUCCUAGAACCAGGCCUUCCUUUCUUGAUCGGAUUCUGUUUUGUUCGUCAACGGAUGCUCAUUAAUGUGCUCAUUAAGUCAAUCAAGGACUGCCCAUCCUUUGAGUACUAUAGGAGUAUGUCCCACCUGUAUACAGUAGGAGGCAUUCUGCUUAGAUAUUUAUAAACCGUUUGCGUAUAAUGUACAUAGUAAGGUUGGUUUCCCUCCUGUUUCGUAUUUUGGCUCUGACCUGAUUUUUUCCUUUGAAGUACUCAAAGGGCUAGUUCUCCAUGUCACCUCUCCAAUCUCCAGCCUUCUGAUUUCCAAAAGCCGUACAAUCAUUUCCCACCCCCUCGCCCCUUCCUCUCCUCUAUUUAGCAGGCAUGAAGGUGUCUCUGGCUACACACCCGACCAGGGCCGUGAGUGCUCGUGGAGAAGGAUCUGCAUGUUGCCCGCGCGGCGCCCCGAGGGCGGCGCGCCCCUUCACACCCUCCCAGCAGUAAGCACCUACUGCCGCUGCCUUUCUCUCGCUGCCCGUGCCGCGGGGCUUCGGUUUUUCGUAUCUCUGAACAGACACCUCUUUUCUUUGCCCGCCAUGCUUCAGAAAGUCUGACUCAGAGCCCCUCUGACCGGACCCGCACCCCCUGGCUGUGCCGUUGCCUCUACCUCGGCCAAGGAUCUCCAUUCUGUCAUUGGCUGCACCAGUGCUCCUUGGGCAUGGGCAAAUAAAUGGAUCCACCCCCCUCACAGUUUGAAGUACUGUAGUUCCCUCCUGUAGUGCAGAAUUAUUGAGGCAUGUGGCUUUUUUAAGGUACACUAUGUGUGCUUGCCUGGAUUACAAUACAAUACAAGACUGUCUUUUCUAUUGCUUAUUACUAGCUUACCAAUAACCUGUAUAAGUAAUGUAACUUGCAUCUUUGUCAUCGAAAUCUUUUUCUCCCCACCCCUUUAUUUAUCAAGCAUACUAUUGCAUCUUAAGGGACAGAACAUAAAACUUUGUAGAAUACAGCAGGACUUUGCUAACAAUAAUGUUUUCAAUGGGAAGUCCAAACUGCUCUGAAAAUGGCCAGCCAAGACCUGGUUUUGUUGGCACAGUGUUCAUUGCGCAUGUAUUUUUUUUUUCCUUUUUCUUUUUUUUUUUUGGCUUUUGUCAUGUUACAUCCAUAUCUGUAUUUAUAUCUUAUUUGUUUCACUUUUGAGUGUAUCAUGGCAAAUGUACAGAUGGUUUUUUUGUUAACAUUUACGUGAUAGAAUUUGCUAAAAAAAAAAAAAAAAAAAAAUUAAAACCUUUUGAGUUUGCCCUAGAA